AUGAUUGAACAGACUUGUGUCUUUGCAGGGGGGAGGGAAACAGCCCCGGGGGGAGGGAAACAGCCCCGGGGGGAGGGAAACAGCCCCAGGGGAGGGAAACAGCCCCAGGGGGAGGGAAACAGCCCCAGGGGAAGGGAAACAGCCCCAGGGGGAGGGAAACAGCCCCAGGGGAAGGGAAACAGCCCCAGGGGGACAAGGGGGGAAACAGCCCCAGGGGGGGGAAACAGCCCCAGGGGGAAGGGAAACAGCCCCAGGGGGAGGGAAACAGCCCCAGGGGGAGGGAAACAGCCCCAGGGGAAGGGAAACAGCCCCAGGGGGAGGGAAACAGCCCCGGGGGAAGGGAGGACAGGGAAACAGCCCCAGGGGAGGGAAACAGCCCCAGGGGGAAGGGAAACAGCCCCAGGGGGGGGAAACAGCCCCAGGGGAGGGAAACAGCCCCAGGGGGAAGGGAAACAGCCCAGGGGGAGGGAAACAGCCCAGGGGGAGGGAAACAGCCCCGGGGGGGGAAACAGCCCCAGGGGAGGGAAACAAGGGGGAGGGAACAGCCCCAGGGGGGGAAACAGCCCCAGGGGGGAAACAGCCCCAGGGGGAAGGGAAACAGCCCCGGGGGGGGAAACAGCCCCAGGGGAAGGGAAACAGCCCCAGGGGGAGGGAAACAGCCCCGGGGGGGGAAACAGCCCCAGGGGGAGGGAAACAGCCCUGGGGGAGGGAAACAGCCCCAGGGGGAGGGAAACAGCCCCAGGGGGAGGGAAACAGCCCUGGGGGAGGGAAACAGCACCAGGGGGAAGGGAAACAGCCCCGGGGGAGGGAAACAGCCCCAGGGGAGGGAAACAGCCCCAAACAGCCCUGGGGGAGGGAAACAGCCCCGGGGGAGGGAAACAGCCCCAGGGGGAGGGAAACAGCCCUCGGGGAGGGAAACAGCCCCAGGGGGAAGGGAAACAGCCCCAGGGGGAAGGGAAACAGCCCCGGGGGAGGGAAACAGCUGUUACCCUAUUCCCCAGGCCCUGGGAAACAGCCCCAGGGGGAGGGAAACAGCCCUAUUCCCUACACAGCCCCGGGGGAUUCCCUACACAGUGCCCUGUUACCCAGCCCUACGGGGGAAAGUGGAGGACUUGA